GACCUACGGGGGACGAGCCUCGGGCUUCAAAAGAGAAGCAGCUCGGAGGACGAGGAACCAGCGAUCAGAACCGGCACCACAGUCCAGCAAGAGAAAGCAGACCAGCAGACGGUAUGCAGUACACUCGUUGUCCCGCCAUUUUGGUCCUCGUGGGGUUGGUCUUGUGCGGCCCCGGCGUGUCCUCACAGCGCAACAGAGACCAGGACCAGGACCAGUACCAGAACCAGGACCUGGACCCGCGUCCCCACCUCCUGCUGCAGCGCGCUCGUGGUGCCGGGCUCCUGUCGCAGGACUGGAGUAAGCGUGCAGUGGAGGACCUGCUGGCUCAGAUGUCUCUGCCGGAGGCUGACUCACAGCUGGGGGCCGAGGUGGUUUCCGCGGCAACAGGCGGGAGGCUGCACCUGGAGCGGUCCGUUGACCCCCCCAACAACCUGCCGGCCCGUGAGCGCAAGGCCGGCUGCAAGAACUUCUAUUGGAAGGGCUUCACUUCCUGCUAGAGCCCUGCCAGUUGGCACACGAUCACCUGACCCCCGACUGAGCGCCUGGUCGUCCAAUCAGCAGCAGUCUAGCUGCGGUGUACCUAAGUAAUUAAUGUAAUUAUCAAUUAAAACGAUAAAUCAGUGAA